GCCACGCCGGCGCGCCAACUCCGCUCGCGCAGUCACGCGGGCGGCGCCUGUUACUGUUUCCCCGACCCCACCUGCACUCUCCGGCUUUUAUCAUUUUCCUCCUCGCCCAACCCCCUCCACCUCUCUCGCCUCCUUUCCCAACCUUUGUUCCUCUCCGCUUCCUCUUUGAUCUCCCUCUAGGGUUUUGUUUUUUUUCCUCCCUUUUCGAAUGCAGUGCUCAAUUACUAAUUUGUGAAAAUUUGCGCAAAAAAUUGGAGGAAAGAGAUGGGGCCGACGCAGCGGCAGCUGCGCGCCAUGCUCCGCAAGAACUGGCUCCUCAAAAUUCGCCACCCGUUCACUACCUGUACCGAGAUUCUGCUGCCAACGAUUGUAAUGCUUAUGCUGAUCGGCAUCCGCACGAGGGUCGACACGCAGAUUCAUCCCGUGCAAGCGUAUAUCAAGAAGGGCAUGUUUGUUGAAGUGGGCAAGAGCGAGAUAUCUCUGAGUUUUGAUAGCAUACUGAAGCUGAUGUUUGCAAAUGGUGAACAUUUGGCUUUCGUGCCCGACUCGUAUGAGACUAGGUCGAUGGUGGAUGUGCUUACUUUAAAAUUUCCACUGCUGAAGAUGGUCGGAAGAAUAUACAAGGAUGAGUUGGACCUUGAGAGUUACAUACGCUCGGAUCUAUAUGGCAUUAAUGAUCACACCAAGAACUUGUCAAAUCCCAAGAUUAGAGGAGCUAUUGUGUUUCAUGGGCAGGGUCCUAAAUUAUUUGACUACAGCAUACGCCUCAAUCACACCUGGGCUUUCUCAGGCUUUCCUGAUGUUAAAACCAUCAUGGAUGUAAAUGGACCUUAUCUCAAUGACUUGGAACUAGGCAUGAAUAUUGUACCAACUCUUCAAUAUGGUUUUAGUGGCUUCUUAACUCUGCAGCAAGUUGUGGACUCAUUAGUAAUACUUAUGGCACAGCAAACUGGAAAUAAUAUUACUGCAGAGAUUAGAGAGCUACGGCAGUCUCAUUCAUCUGUAGUUCAGUCUGAUGUUGGCUCUUCUUGGACACGGUUUUUCCCUGCAAACAUCAGUAUAGCUCCAUUUCCUACUCGUGAAUACACAGAUGAUGAGUUUCAGUCCAUCGUAAAGGAUGUCAUGGGAGUACUAUAUCUUUUGGGAUUUCUCUAUCCAAUAUCUCGUCUAAUCAGCAAUUCUGUCUAUGAAAAGGAGCAAAAGAUCAAAGAAGGCCUGCACAUGAUGGGUCUUAAAGAUGAAAUAUUUUACCUUUCCUGGUUUAUUACGUAUUCUUUACAGUUUGCAAUAUCUUCAGCAGUCAUUACAGUGUGCACAAUGAGCAGCCUUUUUCUAUACAGCGAUAAAUCAAUAGUCUUCAUGUAUUUCUUCUUGUUUGGGAUAAGUGCAGUCAUGCUUUCAUUUUUUAUCUCCACAUUCUUUUCUCGAGCAAAGACAGCAGCAGCGGUUGGCACUUUGUCUUUCCUUGGGGCUUUCUUUCCUUACUACUCGGUCAAUGACCCGGCUGUUCCAAUGAUAUGGAAGAUCUUGGCUUCUUUGCUUUCCCCCACUGCCUUUGCUCUUGGGACAGUGAAUUUUGCUGAUUAUGAGCGUGCUCAUGUUGGACUUCGGUGGACAAAUAUGUGGCAGGCCUCAUCUGGAGUAAAUUUUUUGGUAUGUCUUGCGAUGAUGGUGGUUGAUGCUAUUCUCUAUUGCUUCAUUGCUCUCUACCUUGAUAAGGUUCUUCCUAGAGAGUAUGGAGUUCGUUAUCCGUGGAACUUUCUGUUUACAAGGGUAUACUGGCAGAGAAGGAAAACAUUUGACUGUUAUUCUGAGAGCCUGGGAUCUAUAAGUAGUGAUCAAUUAUUAGAAGGCAAGGUGCACUCUUCUAAUCAAGUUUUCUCUGCGCCUUCCGUUGAGCCAAUAAGUUUGGAUAUGAAACAGCAGGAACUUGAUGGCCGUUGUGUUCACAUCCGGAAUUUGCGUAAAAUCUACACGACAAAGAAGAGAGUCUGUUGUGCGGUCAACUCACUUCAUCUUACUCUAUUUGAAAAUCAGAUACUUGCUCUUCUAGGCCAUAAUGGUGCUGGAAAAAGCACGACUAUUUCAAUGCUUGUUGGUCUUCUUCCACCGACAUCUGGUGAUGCAGUAAUUUUUGGCAAGAGUAUAAGGACGCACAUGGAUGAGAUACGGAAGACAUUAGGUGUCUGCCCUCAAAAUGAUGUACUUUUUGCAGAACUAACAGUCAAAGAGCAUAUGGAAAUAUUUGCUAUUCUCAAAGGUGUUGAAGAAAACUGCUUGGAGAGGGCAGUGACUGAAAUGAUUGAUGAGGUUGGUUUGUCAGACAAAAUUAAUACAGUUGUUGGCUCUCUUUCUGGGGGAAUGAAGAGGAAAUUGUCUCUUGGUAUUGCGCUUAUUGGAAAUAGCAAGGUAAUCAUCCUUGAUGAACCAACUAGUGGAAUGGAUCCAUACUCGAUGCGAUCAACAUGGCAGUUAAUAAAGAAGAUUAAGAAGGGAAGAGUAAUAUUGUUGACAACACACUCCAUGGAUGAAGCUGAUGUUUUGGGUGAUCGAAUAGCUAUUAUGGCUAAUGGUCACCUGAGGUGCUGUGGAAGCUCCCUUUUCUUGAAGCAUAGAUUCGGGGUUGGUUAUACGCUUACUAUCGUAAAGAAUGCUCCUUCUGCCUCUGUGGUCGUGGAGAUUGUUCAUCAUCAUGUCCCAACAGCAACACUGUUGUCCGAUGUAGGUACAGAAAUUUCCUUUAGACUCCCUCUUUCAGCUUCGUCAUCUUUCGAGGGCUUGUUUCGUGAAAUUGAAAGCUGCAUUAGAAGACCAGGCAUGAAAACAGAGGAUGUCUUUGUAUGUAAUGAUAACUUUUUUGGCGUCCAGAGCUAUGGUAUUUCUGUUACGACUUUGGAGGAAGUAUUUAUGAAGGUCUCUGGGCAAAGCAUUGAUGAUGAUGAUACAGCCGAAUAUCACAUAUCUCAUAAUACGCCCGACUCUUUGGUUUCCGAAGCUUCUAAUCCUGCACUGUUAAAGCCCUCAAAUACAAAACCACUAUGUUUUGAACUUCAUUUGAAACUUUGCAGAUCAUUAUGUUUUGCUGUAGGAAAAGGUUGCAGUUUGAUAUUUGCUGCAGUGUGCAGUUUCAUAGGAUUUUUCACUGCUAAAUUCUGCGGUUGCGGCAUGCUUACACAGUCUACACUGUGGAAACAUUCCAAAGCCCUUAUCUCGAAAAGGGCAAUUUCUGCCCGAAGGGAUCGAAGAACAAUUGUAUUUCAGUUGUUCAUUCCAGCCGUCUUUCUGCUGUUUGGUCUGCUUUUUCUCAGACUUAAGCCACAUCCUGAUCAGGAUUCUGUGACCCUUACGACUUCAUAUUUUAAUCCUUUACUAAGCGGGGGUGGUGGCGGAGGUCCGAUUCCAUUCAAUCUCACUCUGCCUAUUGCUAAGCAGGUUGCCGCUAAUAUAAAAGGUGGUUGGAUUCAAAAGCAAGAACCAAGGGCUUUCAAGUUCCCCGAUUCUGAAAAAACACUUGCUGAUGCUAUUGAUGCAGCUGGGCCAAGCUUGGGUCCUGUUCUUCUCUCCAUGAGUGAAUAUCUAAUUACUAGUUUGAACGAGUCUUACCAGUCAAGGUAUGGUGCUGUUGUAAUGGAUGAUCAGAAUGAUGAUGGGAGUGUAGGAUACACGGUGUUGCACAACAGUUCUUGUCAACAUUCAGCACCAACCUACAUUAAUAUAGUAAAUUCUGCGAUUUUGAGGCUUGCAACUGGCGAUAAAAAUAUGACAAUUCGAACUCGUAACCACCCAUUGCCAAUGACUGAGUCACAGAGAUUACAACGACAUGAUUUAGAUGCCUUCUCUGCUUCAAUCAUUGUUGGCAUUGCAUUUUCCUUUAUCCCUGCCUCAUUCGCAGUCGCUAUUGUUAAGGAGCGUGAAGUCAAGGCAAAGCAUCAGCAGCUAAUUAGUGGGGUUUCUAUAUUAUCAUAUUGGCUUUCGACGUACAUAUGGGACUUCAUCAGUUUCUUAUUUCCUACAUCACUUGCCAUGCUACUAUUUUUUAUUUUCGGUUUGAAUCAAUUUAUUGGAACUAACUGUUUCAUACCGACACUUGUACUCUUCUUGGAAUAUGGUCUGGCAGUUGCCUCAUCGACUUAUUGUCUUACAUUCUUCUUUUCUGACCAUUCAGCUGCACAGAAUGUGGUUUUGCUGGUUCACUUUUUCAGCGGGCUUAUUCUUAUGGUUAUUUCAUUCCUUAUGGGACUAGUUGAGGCAACUAAAAGUGCUAAUUCUUUACUGAAGAUUUUAUUUAGGUUAUCCCCUGGAUUUUGCUUCACUGAUGGGCUUGCUUCGCUUGCUCUGAGACGGCAAGAUAUGAAACGAGGAACUGGUAGUGGUGUUCUUGACUGGAAUGUUACCGGUGCCUCUAUCUGCUAUUUAGUUGCUGAGAGCAUAAUAUAUUUUCUUAUCACAAUUGGACUGGAACUGAUGCCUUAUGAAAAACCAAGAUUAACCACAUUUAAAGACUGGUGGCAUCAUUUUGCCUCUCUUAAAAAUGGCAAAACUGACAGCCACCUCCAGCCUCUUCUUGGAUCGCAAGAUGAGACUCAUGUCACAAUAGCUGAUGAGGAUGAAGAUGUACGAGCUGAAAGGAACAAGAUACUUGCUGGUUCUGCUAAUAAUGCCAUAAUCUACUUGCAUAAUAUGCGGAAGGUGUACCCUGCUAGAGGAAAUCACGCUGCAAAGGUAGCCGUUGAUUCACUGACAUUCUCUGUUCAGGAAGGUGAAUGCUUUGGCUUUCUAGGAACAAAUGGUGCAGGGAAGACCACAACUUUGUCCAUGUUGACUGGCGAAGAGUGUCCAUCAGAUGGUACUGCAUAUAUCUUUGGGAAUGACAUAAGAUUACAUCCAAAAGCUGCUCGUCGGCAUAUAGGAUACUGCCCACAGUUUGAUGCACUUCUAGAAUUUUUGACGCCUCGCGAGCAUCUUGAGCUUUAUGCAAGAAUAAAGGAUGUUCCUGAAAUCAGCAUAAAUAAUGUUGUCAAAGAGAAGUUGGUGGAGUUCGAUCUAUGGAAGCAUGCUGAUAAACCAUCUUAUGCACUAAGUGGAGGUAACAAGCGCAAGCUGUCUGUUGCUAUUGCAAUGAUUGGGAAUCCGCCGAUAGUCAUUCUUGACGAGCCCUCAACCGGUAUGGAUCCCAUAGCGAAGCGGUUCAUGUGGGAUGUCAUCUCUCGUUUAUCUACUAGGCGAGGAAAGACGGCUAUUAUCCUAACAACUCAUAGCAUGAAUGAAGCUCAGGCCCUUUGUACACGCAUCGGCAUAAUGGUUGGAGGCCGACUAAGAUGCAUUGGGAGCCCACAGCACCUGAAGACUCGUUUUGGAAACCACCUUGAGCUUGAGGUGAAGCCCACUGAGGUCAGCUCAAUUGAGAUAGAUGCUGUUUGUAGAACAAUUCAACAACUUCUCUUUGAUUUCCCUAGUCAUUCAAGAAGCCUAUUGAGUCACCUAGAAACUUGUAUUGGUGGGAAUGGAAAUUUGUUGUUGGAAAAUGUUUCAGAAAUCUGUUUGACACGGGAAAUGGUGAGUUUGAUAACAAGGAUGCUUGGCAAUGAGGAUUGUGGCAAAACAGUUUUAUGUUCCAAACGGGUCACUGAUGGCGUGUUUGCUGAACAAAUAUCUGAGCAACUUACUCGAGAUGGAGGGGUGCCGCUGAGAAUAUUUGCUGAAUGGUGGUUGGCCAAACAAAAGUUUUCACUGAUUGAUUCUUUUGUUCUCUCCUCGUUUCCCGGGGCUACAUUCCACGGUUGCAAUGGGUUGAGUGUUAAAUACCAGUUGCCAUAUGGAGAGGACUCUUCUCUUGCUGACAUAUUUGGGCAUGUGGAGCAUAACAGGGAGAAACUUGGUAUAGGAGAAUAUAGCAUCAGUCAAUCAACCCUGGAGACUGUAUUUAAUCAUUUUGCUUCUACUUACUAAUUCGCCCAAGAUGAAGAGAACGAAAUAAAUCCGACUCCGUGGUCUUUUUCUGACCUCGCAAGUUCUAUAACUGCAUUGCUCGAGAAGAAAACUUGAUAUAGCAAAAUGGCCUCUAAUCGCUUGAUAGAAAGAAAAGGUACAGAAGAAUACAGCAUCAAUCAGCAAAAAGAGUUAAAAAAAAGAAAGAAAAGAAAAUCAAAGCAUUACACAUGUAAUAUUGGCAAUGUUGAAUGCCUCUCAACUUUGUCUGUAUUUUGUAAAUACUCUGCUGUAUCCUAUUUCUCCCAUAGAAAGCAAAGCUCGGGAUGUAUCAUAAGCCUGUAUUUUAUUUAUUUAUUUAUUUAUUGCUCUUCUUCAUUCUUGUCCUGAAAAUAUAUUAUGGCAAGAAAAACUUCACAUUUGGCCACAUGGCUUUGAAAAGAAUGUACAACUGUGUAAAGUAUGGUAUGAAGAUCCCUGUUUGUGUGUGGUGAUAAGUUCUUUGCUA